CAGCGUGUCAGGGGCCAAGGCACAGCGGUAGCGUGCGAGAGUGUCAGUUAAGACGAGCGUUACAUGCGGAUUUACUGUAGCGCUACUUUUUGAUCUUGUUCCGGGAUCCUGCACACGAGUACCAGCGCGAGUGUGUUGUACGUGGCAGCAGUGUUGUAGCGUGACUUCAGCAAUGCGAGGGUAAAACAGCCCAGCACAGACACAGCGCACUUCAGAUGUCUGAUUAGUGACUAAUCUCACUGUGUCCUGCUGAGAAUGGAGCUGUGGAUGAAGAUGUGCUGAUAGCGGGCUAAUGUUAUAACAUUACACUGCGCUCGAGCGGCCAGGAAAACAGCUAGCUUGCUAAACGUCCAGCAUUUCUGUGAAGUUGUUUGGCGAGCUUUCUGCUGCUGCUGUGGUGGUGGUCCAGGAGAAACACGGAAUGCCGAGAACCGUGACUAGGGUGCUUUGAUUGGCAGCUGUGAGUGCCACCCGUGGCCAGGAGGAUGAGGGUGCGCUGGUCGAGGAAGGUGGCUCUUGUGACAAAGGCCGGCUUCUUCCUCUCUGUUCUGUGGCUCUUCUACCUCCUCCUGUUCCGCUCUUCCAACACAGCUCCGGCCAAAGACGGUGGCAAACACAGUAUACAGGCCCGGGGUGUCUUUACGCAGGGAGAAGAGGACACAGAGACCUUAAAGCGGCCCGUUUAUGUGAAGCCCCCUCCUGACCCAAGGGCAAAUGGAGAGUGGGGCAGAGCCACCCGACUGAACCUUAACUCCGAGGAGAAGAAGCAAGAGCAGGACAGCAUCGAGCGCUAUGCCAUCAACAUCUACGUCAGUGACAAGAUAUCCCUCCAUCGCCAUAUUGAGGAUAACAGGAUGCACGAAUGUAGAAGCAAGACGUUUGACAUCCGUCACCUUCCGACCACAUCCGUGAUCAUCGCCUUCUAUAACGAGGCCUGGUCCACCCUGCUAAGAACCAUUCAUAGUGUGCUGGAGACCACACCUGCUGUUCUGCUGAAAGAAGUCAUUCUCGUUGAUGACUUGAGUGACCGAGGCUAUCUGAAAUCCCAGCUGGAGGAGUACAUUAGCAACCUGGAGCGUGUGCGCCUCAUCCGCACUAACAAGAGAGAGGGACUGGUCCGAGCUCGGCUUAUCGGUGCCACCUAUGCCACAGGAGAUGUACUCACCUUUCUGGACUGCCACUGUGAGUGUGUGCCUGGCUGGAUCGAGCCUCUGCUAGAAAGGAUUGCUGAGAAGCAGGACACUGUUAUAUGUCCGGUGAUCGACACCAUUGACUGGAACACAUUUGAGUUUUACAUGCAGACUGGUGAGCCCAUGGUGGGUGGCUUUGACUGGCGGCUUACAUUCCAGUGGCAUUCCGUGCCUGAGGUGGACCGCAAAAGACAGAAAUCCCGAAUAGACCCCAUUAGAUCUCCCACCAUGGCUGGGGGCCUGUUUGCCGUAAGCAAGGCCUACUUUGAAUAUCUGGGCACUUACGACACAGGCAUGGAGGUGUGGGGAGGAGAGAAUCUGGAACUUUCCUUCAGGGUUUGGCAGUGUGGAGGCUCACUGGAGAUUCAUCCCUGUUCCCAUGUGGGACAUGUCUUCCCUAAGAAGGCACCGUAUUCCAGGCCAAAGUUUCUCCAGAACACAGUGCGAGCUGCAGAGGUCUGGAUGGACUCUUACAAGGAGCUUUUCUAUAACCGCAACCCUCCAGCUCGUCGGGAAACGUACGGGGACAUUUCAGACAGGAUUCUCUUACGAGAGCGGCUAAAGUGCAGGAACUUUGACUGGUAUCUAAAGAACAUCUACCCCGAUCUGCACGUGCCUGAGGACAGACCUGACUGGCAUGGAGCUGUGCGUAGUGGUGGGAUUCCCUCGGAGUGUCUGGACUACAACGCUCCUGAUCACAAUCCCACAGGGGCUCACCUGUCUCUGUUCGGCUGCCAUGGACAAGGAGGGAAUCAGUAUUUUGAGUACACCUCGUAUAAGGAAAUCCGCUUUAACUCAGUAACUGAGCUGUGUGCGGAGUAUGUAGAUGGCCAGAACCACAUAGGAAUGAAACACUGUCCUCGUGACGGGGAGCCGGUUCCUCCCAACAUCGUCUGGGAGUUCAGAGAUAAUGGAAUUAUCUAUCACCCUCUGUCAGACAAGUGCAUAACUGCAUACCGUACAGCAGAGGGGCGGACCGACGUGCACAUGCAGAAAUGCUCUAGUGAAGACAUGAACCAGCGAUGGAAGUUCGAAUGAUUGUGAUUUCCACAUUACAUCCAAUUCAAGAAGUGCAUUUUCUAUGAAGUCCAAGCAUCUAUUCAGUAGCUUGUUCAAACAGUCAGUAAUUUUCAUUUUAUUCUGCACUGUGAUUUUAUAAACUUAAUGGUCAAUCUGACUGGAUUGGAGUGGAAUUAAGAGGUACUACAGGAAUAGAAAGCAGCUACUUCAGUUGCUGAGAAAGAAUUUUAAUUUUAAUUGUUGUUCUCUGACAGAAAUGUGGAAGGCCUGUGGCUUGUUAGACUAGGCUCGGUUGAGUAGACUGGGCUCGGUUCGGUGCCUUUGAAAGCCAAAGGUGAUCAAGUCUCAAUUUUUAUUGUAUUUUUUUUCUCUGUUUUAUCCGGUCUCUUGAAUAGGAUGCACAUUAUCAAUAACGGUGCGAUACUGUACCAAAAUUCCCUUCAGUAGCAGUAUGGGGAAGGAAAUAUAGUUGUGUUGGAACACCAUUUGUGUUUACAUGAUUGCACUAUGUAUUGAUACUUCAGCAGAACUGUGAGUUGUGACUAGUUGGUCAAAACUCAGCUUUUGUAUUUAUAAUUAGUUUAUUUUUAGAUGACAAGUAUUUCAGGGAGUGGCAAGAACCUGUUUAGCUUGCCGUACUCUUUUGUUUCCUCUGUAGUCAUGACAUUCUAGCCAUGACAUUUAAAAAAAAAAAAAAAACAUGUCAGUUUGUACCUGUACAAAGCCCUGUUGAAGUCUUUCUAUUAUGUUGUGGGUUUGUCUUGUAACCUCCACAAACGUGUUCUGCACCAACACACUGUGCCUUAUUGCUGUGAUCUCAACUGUGACAUCUCUCAAGCUGACUUCAUAGAUUGAGUUUCAGUUUAAAAGCUGAUCAUGGAGGCCAAACUUUAAGUCGAGAGAUUUAUGAAGGAAAAUAUCCCUGAAAUCAAAUCAGUUUAUGGGAACUGCUGUGCCUUAUUCAGAUAGGAAGAUAGGAAGCAAAUGAUUUUUAACACCACACACAGGUGCUCUCCAUUUCAUUAUGUACACGAUGAUAGAGGGGGAAAUAACCUGAAUGAAAUUUCUCUUUUUAUGAAUGGUGGUAAUAUAAAGAAUUAUCUCAAAAUGUACUAAAAUGCGGUGAGAUGUUUGUUCAGUGGAAUUUAUGCACAUAUAUGUGAACAUGUCCACAAAAAACUGCCUGUGUCGUGCCAUCCUGGCCACUUUCUGUCUAUUUUCAUGCUUUGGGUGUAACGUAUCUAAAGUGUCACAUAUAGGAAUUUAAAAGGUUUUCUUAAAUGGUAGCCAAAGGAAAACAUUUAAACUGCUGUUAGUCAUUUACUUUCUUAAGUCUUCCAGAUGUCAAAAUAACACUGUAUAAUUGUAUGUUUGAAGCAAAAUAGUUUCACUUAGGAUUAGCAGGAGGUCAGUUACAGGACCAGUCAUUCCUCUGAUCUGAAAUUCCAAGGACAUUACAUGACACUGUGGCCUUAAAAAAUGGACCUUUUUCGGAUUUCGCAUUUGCAAUAUUAAUCAGUCAUUUCUGGGGAUAAAUCUGUUUUAAUGUUUAUAGGUGUUUGUUUGAACAUGGUAUAAAGGGACCUUUAUGUUAUGGUGUAAAUGAAUAUUUAAAACUACUGAUUAAGCACAAACUGUGGUGAUUACCUUCUGUACCAUACAGUAUAAUAAUUACAUUAUGUUCAUUGUACUGAAUCAACCAUUUUAACACAAUGACCAGUAUGGUUUAAAUGGAUCAAAUUUGUUAUUUUUGAACAAAUGAAAAUGCAACUUUAGGCACUAUAAAACCAAGAAACAUUUCCUGUGUGUUUCCCCUUUUUGUGAUCUGUUGCAGUGCCAUCUUGUGGUAAACAUUAAAUUAUUGCCAUAUGAUUCAUAUUA